UUUAUAGGUCACCCGGAAGGCGCGCGCAGCCCGCGGUCGCCGCACCGAGCAGGCCCUCGCCGGGACCCCAGCCGCGGCGUUCCUCCCCGCGGACCCCCGGGCGUCCGGCGCCGGCGCGGCGGCCUGUUCGCAGUCGCCGAGCCAAACGCUGCCGUCGCUUCCGGUCGUUACGUGACCACCGGCUAUGGCCGCCGCGGGGGGCGCCCGGCUCCUGCGCGUCGCCUCCGCAGCCCUGGGCAGCGCGGCCCGUCGCUGGCUGCUCGUCGCCGGACCCCGCGCGGCCCCGGGCCGGGGCGGCGGCGCGGGGGAGCUGCCCCGGACGCUGAGCGUGUCGGCGCCGGCGCGGAGCAGCUCAGAAGAUAAAAUAACAGUUUACUUCAUAAACCGUGAUGGUGAGACAUUAACAGCCAAAGGAAAAGUUGGUGACUCUCUCCUGGAUGUUGUGAUCGAAAAUAAUCUAGAUAUUGAUGGUUUUGGUGCAUGUGAGGGAACCCUGGCUUGCUCCACCUGUCACCUCAUCUUUGAAGAGCACAUAUUUGAGAAGCUAGAAGCAGUCACGGAUGAGGAAAAUGACAUGCUCGAUCUGGCCUACGGACUAACAGAUAGGUCUCGAUUGGGCUGCCAGAUCUGUUUGACAAAGGCUAUGGACAAUAUGACAGUGCGAGUACCUGAUGCUGUGGCUGAUGCCAGACAAGCCGUGGAUGCGGGCAAGAACUCCUAAGCCAGAAAAAAUUGGAAUAUUUUCACAAAAUUUUACCUAUUUUUAUAAUUAUUACUUCUUAAUGUAAUUACAUGAGAACAUGGGUGAAAGGGUUUGUUAUUAUGAUUAGCUUUACCACUUUAAUUGACCUUACAUAACUGUUGCAUUUUGUAGUUCUAAAAGUAUGCAACUGUUAUUUUGGUUCACUUACAAAAAGCAAAUCAAAUAUUAGAAAAUACUUAGUAUUAUAAAACCUUACAUAUUUCACCUUAUGUUUGUCUAACAACUUUAGCAAGAUAUUUUCACCUAAAUCUUAUUCCUAAUUACAUGUAAGUUAGGUUAAAAAACGUUUUAUUUUUCCCUUUUAGAUGUGGGUGAAGGCAGAGAUAAAAAAUGGCUUGUCUGGAGCCACAGGACAAAUGAGAAAAUAUGUACUAGAACUCAUAUCUUCUUAGUACAAGUUUCGUGUUCAGACUGAAACUAGAGAAAUUAGGAGUAUCUUAUCAACAGCAAUAAUUAAAUGAACAAAACUAAUCGCUCAGUAAACCACUUAAUUUCAAAGACUAUCGCUGCCUCUCAAUAAAGAUUUCAGAAUUGUGAUCCAGUGAAAGUGUCUGGACUUCCUCACAGCUGGGGGCUGGUUUCCGAGAGCCAGCACCCUGCGGGGCUGCUCAUGGGCCAGGCAGAAGCUGCAUCCUGUCCGUGACUAGUUCUGGAAGUCACACAGCACCACUUCUGCCUCUCUUCUCAUGAGCAGUGAGGCAUUGACUCUGGCCCCUCGUUUGAAGAGAGGGUGUCAGAGAACUUGCAGACGUGGUUUAAAGCUACCACAGUAACCAUUACUUUGAGGUUAGCUUCUGGCACGUUACUGCCUGAGAAGACUGGCCUUCUAAGUGUUCUGAACGUUUCAAGAAGGGCUGGAUUUUGCUCUUACAUUGCAUUUUGAAAGAUUCUUGUGUAUUCUUUAUUAUGAUGGUUCAUUGGUUUUCUUCUCUAACUCCCAAUAGUUUUCUUCCUGACAGUUGGUUAAAAUCAGAGAGAAUAAUGGUGGGUUCCCUUUCAAUGCCGUGUAAUUUUAGUUAACAUUUCUCUGCAUUUUGCCAUCAAGAAAGGCAGCUUCCUUUGGCAUAAUAGUAUGUAUAAUUGUUGGUUACAUGCUAACACUUAAUAUUGUAUUUGGUUUUCACAAAUAAAACCAACCUGUAAUUACAUAUGUAAUUCAGAGCUACUGAAUUAGUUUUCCAAGUGAACGAUUCAAAGAAUUUUGAAAACCUUUUGCCUAACUUUCACUGUGAAAAUAAUUGUCUAAUUUUUGUCUUAAAGGACAACUUUCUUAUUUUCUUGAUGACUAUUUAAAUAUUAUGGUGAUCUGUGUAGUUUCUAUCUUAGUCAUUUAGCAUUUAUCAGAACAAUUACACUUCGCUUAAAAAAUUGUUUUCUUAGGGGGGAACUUAGAUUCAUUAUAUGUUUUCUCAUCUUUUUCUUCUUGUUUUACAAUUCUUUUAAUUGCUUUUCCUGCUCCUAAACUCCCUGAAGUUUUGUGGCAAACCACAUUUUGGAUCAGAAUUUGUUAGGUGGAUUUCUUAUUUAUAGGCUAACUUACCACUCUAUAAAAACAAGAAAUAAUGUGUUUUAUGCACAUUCUAAAAAUAGUACAUGAAACUUUAUUCUAAGUGUAAACUGUUCAAAGGUAUUCAAACAUUAUACCCAAACUUUGUUUCCUAUUAGAGAAAUAUUUAAGAAUAGAAAUAUGAUCUUGGUUAAGCAACAACAGGAUUCCUUUCAUGUGUCAACACAUCGCAUGAUAUCAAGAUGUUGUUAUCAGAUUUUCUUUUGUUUAUAAGUUUCUAGAAACUUAAAAAUUAGAAAACCAUCUGGCAGGAGGAAGACAUGAUCACUUGCAGACACAGAGUGGUUAUUACAGAACAGAAACAGGGGGUUAAAAGACCAUUUAAAUCUACCAGAGACCAUUGAGAAGGGAAGUGGAUGGGAAAGGUCUCUGUAGUGAGAGGCGUUACUUCUGCAGAAACUUAGUAAGAAAUCAUCUAAUCAUUGUCCUCAUUCCUCUUUCCCUUUGACUCUCAUCUGCCCAUCUUACCACCUGGAUAUAGGAUUUGUCAUUUAAUUUUUAGACAUGGUUUGAUGUUAAAAAAUUAAGCAGAGCCUUCACGCCUUUCUGCUUCCCUCUGUCUAUGAGCCGCUGCUGAAGCCAUGACCCCUCAGCUUGGUUCACCCAGUCGUCUUUACCCUCCCUCAUCUGCCCGAGGCCUCUGCCUCAGACUGCCCGUUACAGCAUUUCCUGCAUUUGGCAUUAUGUAGCCUUAUUACAUGCAGCACUUACUACAUUUGCCCCCUGAUAAGACAAAGCUUUUUCAGAAUAAGGACUGGGUUGUGUUCAUCUUGGUAACUGCGGUGUCUAUCGUGGUAUUUGUCCCACAGUAGGUGUAUCAUAAAUACUUGAGUUAAACAAAACCUGGUCUUCUAAGGAGUGUGUUGCUCUGUGGCAACCUCCCGUUACGGAUGAGACCGCAUGAGCUCAAUACGGACCUAUGUCCUGAGCCUGCCUCUUCACUCCAACUUAACAGAAAUCAGGACACACCGGUUUUCCCGAGAGAGCAGAUAAUUUCCACUGUAUUAAGAAGGAUUGUUCAACUCGUCAUCUUUUUUAAACAUACCUUGAAUGAAAAAGCUUUUGAGUGGGCUAAAGUCAGGCGUCUCUGCUGGUCUUGGAUCUUCCAGGUAGGUAGUCCUUGAAAUACAAGUGCUGAGAUCCUGUAGGUGGUACAUGGUCUCCGUGCCCUUGAGUCACGUGACACCAUCAUGAUGAAGCCUCCAGAUGGGUGCUUCUCCAUCUGGGGAGUGUCUGCCAUCAUGUAUUUCGCAAAGCCUCAGUGAUUUCCCAUCAGCGUUAGGCUUUCUGUUGGUCCUAAUGAGGAUUCCUUAAGGCAGUGAAAAGGGAUAGUUAGUUAGUUCACAGACUGUUUUCCCACACCACACAAACCAAAGACUGAGAAAAAUUGAGAAACACAUUGUUCUUAAUAUUUUUAUUUUAAUGUCCUAUCUUUAAUAGAGUCUUACUUGGUUUCUUAACUGAACUCCAAAGACUGAGUGUGUCUCAGAGAGAUAGCAAGGUAGCUCUCCUUUGCCAUGAGGGAAAAGCAUGGGGUUUAUUGUUUGAAGACCUGGGGACUGUUUAAAAAAACCUAUCUAAAACUUGAAAAUAAAGCAAAAAGAUUACUACUGCAGGUCACUUUAAGGUGGUACUUGGAGGAUGUCUAACUGGGCACCGAGGAUCACCUGAUGCUCUAAGAAAGGGGCAUUAGCAGACUAUGUCCUGUAGGUCAAAUCCAGCCCACCACCUGCUUUAGGUCACUAAGCCCUACUGGCGUGCAGCCCAGCUCAUCUCUUACUUACUGCCGCGGGCUUUCAUCUGAUAGUAGCAGAGUUGAGCAGUUAUGACAGAGACAGAUGACUUAUAACACCUAAAAUAUUUGUUGUCUGGCCUUAUACAGAAAAAGUUUGCUGACCCUGGCUCCAGGGAAGAUAACUUUGACUUAGUACUUACUAGCGACUAGGACCCAGUCCCUCUAAAGUUAGACUUUUUUUUUUUAAAGGUUUAUUUGUUUGAGAGAGAAAGAGUGUGCCCAUGUGCACACAAGCAGGGGGAGGGGCAAACAGAGAGGGAGAGAAGGAGGGAGCGAUCCAAGGGCUCUGAGAUCAUGACCUGAGCCAAAAUCAAGAGUCAGACGCUUAACCGACUGAGCCCCCUGGUGCCCCAUCUGAAGUUAGAUGUUAAGUACCUUAGAGAAGAUUGUUAAGUUGCAAAGGUUUUUUUGUUUUGUUUUGUUUUGUUUUUUGGUAGAAAAGUAACUGAGAGUUAUGGUGUCUUGCCUUGUAGGGUCUCAUCCUGUCCUCCGGCUGCCUGGGCAGUCUCCUCCAGCACUGUUUCCCACUGCAUGUGUGUGUGUGUGUGUUUGCUUCUCAUGUCCUUCUUUGAACCAGCUUUGUCAUUCUGCUGGUCCCCUCAUUAAUGAGUUAAAUAAAUCUUUGAUAUAUGCUCACCAUG